AUGAAAGACAUAGAGGAGAAAAAAGAUGAACUUGAUCUUGAUGAUGAGAAUAUUGAAAUAAUUAAAAUAAAUAAGAUUACUGAUCAAGCAUUCCUUCACUUAACUGAAAAAAAACUUAUGCAUAAUAGUUUACUUCAAAGAUCAGCAGAAUCAAUCGAACAUUUGAUUGAAACUCUUAAAGAUAAAGAAGGAUAUAAAGAAGGAGGAAGCUCAACAGAUCAUUUACGAGAAGCUAACGUUACUUUAAUGAGUGACACAGAUCUUUCUAUUGAGCCAAGUAGAACAGCAUGUAUCUGGAUCGAAACUAAGAAAAGUUCUGAUGAUUUUAAAAAGAAAAUAAAAUUUCUCAAACGUAUACUUGAAGUAGAUAAUGAGGGCAGGAUGGCAGACAUGGUUAGUAAUAUAUCAGAACAGGAAUUAAAAAAUAUGACAGCUCAUAAAAAAUUAAUGUUGUUAAAAGAUUAUUGUAGACUAGAUGAACAACCAUAA